CCGAAAACAACUCUACUUUAACCAUGCCAAAGUGUACACGAAAAGGCUGUGAAAAGGAGUACAAGGAAGAAGUCAAUAACGACAGUGCCUGCCAAUAUCACCCUGGUGCACCCGUCUUUCACGAAGGCUUGAAGGGUUGGUCAUGCUGCAAAAAGCGUGUCUCUGAUUUCGACGAAUUCCUUAACAUCCCUGGUUGUGCUACUGGACGCCAUACUGACGAGAAACCUGUACAGCCAGCACCUGUUGCUAAGCCAGACUCGCCCGCUCCCUCUACAACUAAGGAUGGUAUUGAAGUAUACAGCAACGGUGCUGCUAUUAGCAUGACAAACCAUACCCCUACACCAACCACUGUAGCAGAAGCCGCUGAAGACACAGAGAAAAAGGCUAAACCUUUAGCUGUAGAGGUUUUGCCGGAAGAAGACGACCUCAGCGUUCCUGUCAAGGUAGGCACUACUUGCAAAAGAAGAGGUUGUGGAGUCACGUAUAAGGAUGAGGCUUCAUCAAGAGGCGAAGGCUCGGAAGCAGCUUGCUUCCAUCACCCAGGUGCACCUAUCUUCCAUGAAGGAUCCAAAGGCUGGAGUUGCUGCCCUCGUAAAGUUUUGGAAUUUGAGGAGUUCCUCAAGAUCAAAGGAUGUAAGGAAGGCAAGCAUUUGUUCAUUGGAGGAAAGAGUAAUAACCAAGAGGAAGAGUUGGUCGACUGCAGGAAUGACUGGUACCAAACUCCUACCCACAUCAUCCUCAGCAUUUUCGCAAAGGAUAAGGAGGAUACGCAGAUUACCUUUGAAGAGCAAUCAAUGAACGUUGAUAUCAAGAUGAAGGGAAACAAGCGUUACAAGUCAACCAUCCCAUUGUUCCAGCCCAUUGUUCCCGGAGAAUCCGCUUUCAAGCCAUUAACGACCAAGGUUGAAAUUAAACUAAGAAAAGGCAACGGAAUAUCAUGGGCAGCACUUGAGCCAACUGACAAAGUCACCAGCUGGACUACGUUUGGUGUUACAGGAGGUGGCGGUACCGUAGGUGGAAAGGAAAUGCUUUACGCCAAUGAUGCACCAUUGCAAGUGAAAAAAUAGCUAUUUUAGAGUAAGCUAAGAGGUCUGAAUUAGAACGAAGGAUGCCAUCGGGUUAGGAGCAUGCUUUACCCUUUCUUUGAUAUGUGACUUCAUGAAAAAAAAAAAAUAGGAAAUGUAGAAACAUCGUGUAGUGUAGACGAAACAAAAUAGUAAAAUUUUAUAUGCAAUACUUUGGUGUCGUUGCGAUACA